GCUCAGACGAGCGCAGGCGCACUGACUGCAGCCCGAUCGCCUCUUCGCCUCCCUGGAACCUGCAGUGCGCAAGCGCGCAACAUCUCCGUUUGCCUCCCCUCAGCCCCUCACCCCCCCUCCUUUCCCCUUCAAGAAGCCGGCUCCAGGGCGUGCUCACCCCUGUGAGGAGGCCGGAGGCCGGACUCGGGAGGCGCUCUCUCCACUCCCGGAAGAUCAUGUACCAGCCCGGCCGAGGGGCGGCCCGGCGUCUCGGCCCCUGCCUCCGUGCCUACCAGGCGCUCCCCCAGGACCAGCUUUCUCCACGGGCUCUACCAUUCCCACCCCUUUGGCCCCACUCCACAACCACCAUUUCUCCAGCUUCUCCUCUCCUCCUCUGGUCUCCCCCACCCCCACCUCCCCCACCUCGGCUGCUUCCCCCGGCUCCCCCACUACCUCUCCCUCAGAUCAAGGCCCUCAGCUCACCAUGGGUGGUUCUCCCUCCAGGAAAGGGGGAGGAGGGACCAGGACCUGAAUUGCAUAGUGGCUGCCUAGAUGGGCUUAGAAGCCUAUUUGAGGGACCUCCCUGCCCCUAUCCUGGGGCUUUGAUACCUUUCCGAGCCCCUGGGACAGCCUGCCCUUCCCCUGCCACUCCAUCGGGAGAUCCGAGUAUGGAAGAACACCUGGCUGUCAUGUAUGAGAGACUGAGACAUGAGCUCCCCAAUCUCUUCCUUCACUCCCAUGACUACACUCUCUACUCAUCGGAUGUGGAAUUCAUCAAUGAGGUCCUGAACAUACGUACCAAGGGCAGGACAUGGUACAUUCUGUCCCUAACCCUCUGCCGCUUCCUGGCCUGGAACUAUUUUGCACAACUUCGGUUGGAGGUUCUACAGCUGACCCGUCACCCUGAGAAUUGGACCCUGCAAGCCCGCUGGCGGCUCGUGGGGCUGCCCAUCCACCUGCUCUUUCUACGUUUCUACAAGCGUGACAAGGAAGAGCUUUACCGGACCUACGAUGCCUAUUCCACCUUCUACCUGAAUUCCGACGGCCUCAUUUGUCGCCACCGCCUAGACAAACUGAUGCCUUCACACUCACCCCCAACACCUGUGAAGAAGCUGCUAGUGGGAGCCCUGGUGACUCUGGGGCUGUCAGAGCCAGAACCCAAUUUACACCUGUGUUCCGAGGCCUGAUCCAGGAACGGGGGUGGAGACAGCACUGAAGACUUUGCUACGCACAAGAGGAGGUGGAGGCGGCCAAGAAUCUCAGGAGUCAGCUUCCUCCCCUCUUCUCUCUCUUUCCUUCCUUUCCAUCUCAUGCUGUGUAAAGCUGCUGUGUAAUUUAACUUGUAAAUAAUAAAGUUUAAGUGAAUAUA